GCGGCCCGUGCUCCGCCUUCGAAGUCCGUGCUCCGCCUUCGAAGUCCGUGCUCCGCCUUCGAAGUCCGUGCUCCGCGCUAGGCCAGUGCCAUGGCGGUAGUGGCGGCCCUUCUGCGCGGCUGUGUCCGCCGGUGCAGCCCCCUGCUUCGGCUACAGAUGCAGGAAAUAAGUUAUGUAAAACGAAGUUAUGUAUCAAAACCCACUUUGAAUGAAGUGGUAAUAGUAAGUGCUAUAAGAACACCCAUUGGAUCCUUUCUAGGCAGCCUUUCCUCCCUGCCAACCACUAAGCUUGGUUCCAUUGCAAUUCAGGGAGCCAUUGAAAAGGCAGGGAUUCCAAAAGAAGAAGUGAAAGAAGCAUACAUGGGUAAUGUUCUACAAGGAGGUGAAGGACAGGCGCCUACUAGGCAAGCAGUACUAGGUGCAGGCUUACCAGUAUCUAUUCCAUGUACCACUAUAAACAAAGUGUGUGCCUCAGGAAUGAAAGCCAUUAUGAUGGCUUCUCAGAAUCUUAUGUGUGGACAUCAGGAUGUGAUGGUGGCAGGUGGGAUGGAGAGCAUGUCCAACACUCCCUAUGUAAUGAACAGAGGAGCAACACCGUAUGGUGGGGUAAAGCUUGAAGAUUCAAUAGUAAAAGAUGGGCUAACCGACGUCUACAAUAAAAUUCAUAUGGGCAACUGUGCUGAGAAUACGGCAAAGAAGCUGAAUAUUGCACGAGAUGAACAGGAUACUUAUGCUAUUAACUCCUACACCAGAAGUAAAUCAGCAUGGGAAGCUGGAAAAUUUGGAAAUGAAGUUAUUCCUGUCACAAUUACAGUAAGAGGCAAACCAGAUGUAGUGGUGAAAGAAGAUGAAGAAUAUAAACGUGUUGAUUUCACUAAAGUUCCAAAACUGAAGACAGUAUUCCAAAAAGAAAACGGUACAGUAACAGCUGCCAAUGCCAGCACACUGAAUGAUGGAGCAGCUGCUAUGGUUCUGAUGACUGCAGAUGCAGCCAAGCGACUCAACGUUAAACCACUGGCAAGAAUAGCAGCAUUUGCUGAUGCUGCUGUAGACCCUAUUGAUUUUCCAAUUGCACCUGCAUAUGCUGUACCUAAGGUUCUUAAAGAUGCAGGAUUGAAAAAAGAAGAUAUUACAAUGUGGGAAGUAAAUGAAGCCUUUAGUCUCGUUGUACUAGCAAACAUUAAAAUGCUGGAGAUUGAUCCUCAAAAAGUGAAUAUCCAUGGAGGAGCUGUUUCUCUGGGACAUCCAAUUGGGAUGUCUGGAGCCAGGAUUGUCAUUCAUUUGGUUCAUGCUUUGAAGCAAGGAGAAUAUGGUCUUGCCAGUAUUUGCAAUGGAGGAGGAGGUGCUUCUGCCAUGCUGAUCCAGAAGCUGUAAGACAACAACCUCUGUUGUCUAAGGAGACAAUCCUAUGUGGCUAGAAAGGCCUGCUGUAAUCAGUGUGACUACCUUGGGUCAGCUUGUUCUCAAAAUAACAUUACGUUUUUAAAUUAUUUUCUAUUUUAACUUUUUUUAUAAGGGGAAAAGAUCAAAUCUCAAAACCUUUUGAAAUUACAAAUAAAUUUUUUCUUCUACUUUAAAUUUUUGUUAAUCUUUAGAAGUUUAACAUUUUUAUAAGUUGUAAUAUUUGAAAUACCAGUGUGCAAACUUAGUGACUUAUAAGUAGCUAGAAACUUGUUUUAGAAAAUAAUUUUUUUGAGGAUUAUUAAAGAUCAAGUGAGUGUCAUCUAUA